AUGUGUAGCGGUCAAUCGGUCAGUGGUUCAAGUUUGUUGUCGGAUGAUGAUGAUGCGCGUGAAACAUCUGGCCGAUCACGACGAGAAUUCGAUGAAAUAGAUGCCGUUUUGUUCGAUGAACUUCUACCUAAAAGAACGUCUUAUAGAAAAAUCUAUGAUGAAUGGUCGGCUAAACCUCAUUUUCGUAUACGUGGAAAAAUGUGUGAAAUCGAGACAAUACCCCUACAAGUACAACUACAACAACAACGACUACGGAAGCAGUCUCAAGACAAGAUUGAUACCGAAUAUAAUAAAGAAAAUAUGUCAACUCCGCUGUCUGACAUAUCAGCAAAAUUCUCAGUUAACGAUUUGAAUGAUCUGUCAAAUUUGGAUGAUGGUCGGUCAUCUAUUGAUUCUAUAGAAGGUUCAGAACUGACAAAUUCUGAUCUGGAUGAUCAAGAUGAUGAAGAUGUCAAUAAUAAAGAUCAGUUUGCGGAUGACAUUAAAAGCAAUUCAUUUAGUACGAAUGGUGAUGAUGACGAAGAUAGUUCACAAUUAUCCAAUCGUAAUCUAAAGCAUCAGCGACGUAAACAACAGCAAUUGAAGCCUCCUCCAUCAGCCGCCCCUCCAAUUAAAUGUUUGAAAGACAGUAUUGUAUCAACAUUAGCUAAUUUAAUAUUAAAACAAUUUUUCAACGAUUAUCAACCAUUAUUAAACCGUUACGCCAAACUAGUUUGUCAAAAAAAUGGCACAUUAUUAACCCCGUCAUCUGGAAUAUCAACAACCACCAUCGACCGUCUACCACGACCUUUAAGACCCUAUUCCUUACCACCUAGAUCAUUAUCACAAAAUCGUUUAUCGUUACCAACAUCCACUUCGAUAACAACUACAACACUAAUGAAUAAUAAUAGUAUCGUAUUGUCAAAUACUCAGGAUUUAAUUAAAGGUUUACGUUUGACACCUGAUCCAUCUGACAUCAGUUUAACCGGUCUCUUAAGAGUAACACCUUGUCGUCUUUCAAAUGUUUAUCAGUCGACUCCGCCUACAACAAACACAACAGCCACGUCAACAAAUUCUACAACAUCUCCUCGAAAACCACCUGAAAGAAUUUUAACAUCAUCAGCUAUCGAAAAACGUCAACCACAAAUUAAUUUAAUCUCCAUGAUUGGAACAGCCGUUGGGUCUCUGGCUGGCAAUAGUGGUUCGGUUAUUAAUAUUGGAAACAAUCUCAUUUCGUUAAAUAUUUCCAAUAAUCCAUCAUCAUCGUCAACAACCGCUCUCACUGGCACUUUAUCCUCUAGCAAUGUACCAUCAUCAGUCACAACGAUCGCCACUUUGAAUACGUCUAGUAGUAAUAAUAGUGGCAGUAAUGUUGCAAAUCAUCGUGCCUGGCCUUCUGCAGCAUCUAAUUCUUCAAGAUAUCGUUCAGCUACACUUACUAACGAUAUGCGUUUACCGCCGAUUACUGUUGAACCAUUAAAAGUAAAUUUGACGUCUGAACAGCUACUAUUACAUCGUUCAAAUCCAUCUUUAAUAAAUAGCACGAAUAACAAUAUGAAUGUAGGAACAAUCACGCUCAUAUCAAAUAAUAAUAAUAGUGGUAAUUCCAUUAUUGACCGUGCGGUUAGUGGAACCAGUACCGGUUCAAAUCUUUCGUUUGGACAAACAUUUCCUCUUUCAAAUAAUAAUAGUACAAACUUAAAUAAUAAAUUACGUACAUCUAACGUGUUAAAAUUUUCUGCUCGUACAUUACCACCCGGUGAUUUUGUACGUGGACGACCAAUUGAAGCACAUAUAACUCGACCUGUUGCAUCCGCAAAAGAUAGUAUUCUAACAACAACCACAAAUUUACCAACAUCUACAAGUCCUAAUCGCUCGGCAACAAGGGGUUCAAAUAGUUCCAAUUCACGUCAAAAUAAAUUAAACAACAAUACUCGACCAUCAAGACAGCAACAGCAAUUUUCUACGCCAAUAAAAAUAAGUACUUCACACAUGUAA